AUGUUUCAUAAUAAAUAUUUGACUUUGACUUUGGUGCUGAGUAUUUGCAGCGCUCUAGUUUGUGCCGCCCAACUCGAUGUGAGCCUGGACAAUGCAAAAUUACCUGCUGAUGCAGCAGCAUCAGUAGCACCAGUUGUUGCAAAGGAUGAAGGUGUAGAAAAACCGAAAUCUACCACACCAACCACGACGUCCAGCACAAGUUCGACAACCACUACAACUUCAACAACUACAACUACUACACCAGCACCUACAACAGCAGCGCCGACCACCAGUACAGUGGCACCAACUACACCCGCUGCACCCAACACCACUACUGUAGCGCCAAUAACAACAACACCUGCGCCAGCGCCAUUCCCAGCACCAGAGAUUGGCAUGUGGAACUCCAGCUGUAUUAUUAUGCACUUUGCUGCACAGUUGAAUGUUACCUAUGAGACCAAAGAAAACAAAACUGCUUCCCGUUUAUACAAUAUCCCCAAGGAUGCCAAGGUCGAAGACUCCAAUUGCGCCAACAUUUCACAAACGAUUCACAUUAUUUGGGGACCUGUUGAAGCCAUACACUCUAUGGUACUACAAUUCGAUAUGGUUAACAAGACUAGCGAGUUGAAACAGAUCUUCAUUACUUUACCACUCACCAGCGAACACUUCCCCGAUGCUAAGGAUAACGAGACCAUCCAACUGAUCCACAACGGUGAUGAGUUCGUCACCCCGGUACAAAUGUCUUACCAUUGCACACGUGCACAAAAAUUCAACAUGACUGAGGUAAUGCAAGAUACCAAAGUAAUUGGCACCAUUACGCUGAGCAAUGUACAAACCGAGGCAUUCAUCACGGAUCAUCGUAACACCUUCUCCACAGCCAUGGAUUGUGAUGGGCCGAAAACAAUGGAUAUUGUACCCAUUGCUGUCGGCAUUGCCAUGGCCGCACUCAUACUAAUCGUAUUGAUUUCGUACUUGUGUGCGCGCCGUCGUUCCACAUCGCGUGGCUACAUGAGCUUCUAAGCGAUUAGCAUGUUGCUUGUUUGGCGUUAGUGACAGUAAUUAUAUAUGUAUGUAGGCAUAGGCGGUCGUAGAUUUUGUGGGGGGCACGCUGGGUGGUUAUUUUUUGUAUAGGAUUAUACUGCGAAACAAUUUCUUUUAAUUCGAGCAGGAAAAAAAUAAUAGCGUUUGAAUUUUUUUUUGUUUUUGGUUGAGAGAGAGAAUGAGUAAAAAGAUUGAAUUGCCGAGUUUUGAUUUACUUUGUCACGUAACAUACAAAAAGGGAAAGAAUAUGCAAAAUAACAACUAAAAACAGCAAAAUAAUAGAAAAAACACAGAGCAGUCAUUUAAGAUAUUCAUUCAAUAACAAAAAACAGUAAAAACGAGCG